AGCACUAGCAUGGAAAAUUGUGCCACAAGCGAUUUCGAUUGUUCAGCGAUAGUUGUUGAUUUAAUUGGCAGAGCAGAUUAGGUGGUCGCAGAUUCACAGAUCGAAAUCCCAUAGGUAGCACAUGCACGCGAUUUACGCCCACUGACUGGCACACGCAUCCCCCACACUGCACCGAACACCUCACAUGGGGAAUCACCUGGAAUCUUGGAGUACUUGAAUUUUAAUUUGAUUUUGCACCCAGCUAUAAAUUGGUACCGUACCCUACACGGUGUGACCUUCGCAGGAGUGGGGUCUCGUUUCGUUUCGUUUCGUGUGUUCUUCUGCACCGCUUUCAUUGUCAGUGUCAAAGAAGGAAAAAUCAAUGGAGGACUUGACACCAUUAACUAACCUUCAACAGUUUUAGUUCCAAUAAUUCCACAAUAACUGCUGGGCAUUCCCACUAUACAUAUUUUGUGACUUAUUCUCCCAUUCCGAUUCCGGAGAGUGCGGCACACAAGAAAAAGAUGACAGAACGCCAACCGUUGCUGCUCCAAAGCGAUGCAUCCGAUUAUGAGGGUAGCCGGGGGGGCGGACCAGCACGACCGGCCCGCAGCUCACCGCCUGACAACACGCUGGUUAAUGUGCACAGCGAGGACAGCAUGGCAGUGCAUGCGGCAGCCUUGGGAUCGGCCUCGGGAUCCGGUGAUGAUGAUCAGUCGACGGCUGUGGACAAGGCCAGCUACAAUCCCACACUCCAUCGCACGCUGGAACAUCCCACAUCCAACUCGGAGACGCUGGUGCAUCUGCUGAAGGGCAACAUUGGCACUGGCAUUCUGGCCAUGCCGGAUGCCUUCAAGAAUGCCGGCCUCUAUGUGGGUCUCUUUGGCACCCUGAUUAUGGGCGUCAUUUGCACGCACUGCAUGCACAUGCUGGUCAACUGCUCCCACGAGCUGUGCCGGCGGCUGCAGCAGCCGGCCCUGGACUUCUCGGAUGUGGCCUACUGCAGCUUCGAGACGGGGCCAUUGGGUCUGCGGCGAUACUCUCUACUGGCCAGGCGGAUCGUUACCACGUUUCUGUUCAUCACACAGAUUGGCUUCUGCUGCGUCUACUUUCUGUUUGUCGCACUGAACAUUAAGGAUGUGAUGGAUCACUAUUACAAGAUCGAUGUGCACAUCUAUUUGCUGAUUAUGCUGAUGCCCAUGAUUGUGCUGAAUCUGGUGCGAAAUCUCAAGUAUCUGACGCCCGUUUCACUGAUUGCGGCCAUACUCACGGUGGCCGGAUUGGCCAUUACCUUCUCGUAUAUGCUGCACGAUCUGCCCGAUGUGCAUACGGUCAAGCCGGUGGCCACAUGGGCCACACUGCCUCUCUAUUUUGGCACCGCCAUCUACGCCUUUGAGGGCAUCGGUGUGGUGCUGCCGCUUGAGAACAAUAUGCGCACGCCCGAUGACUUUGGCGGCACCACGGGCGUCCUCAACACGGGCAUGGUUGUCGUCGCCUGCCUGUACACAUCUGUGGGCUUCUUUGGCUACCUGAAGUACGGCGAAGAUGUCAAGGGCAGCGUUACACUUAAUCUGCCGCAGGGCGAUGGUCUCUCGCAGCUGGUGCGGCUCAGCAUGGCCGUGGCCAUCUUCCUCUCGUAUACGCUGCAGUUUUAUGUGCCCGUAAAUAUCGUCGAGCCGUUUGUGCGCAGCCAUUUUGACACUACGCGCGCCAAGGACUUGUCAGCGACUAUUCUGCGCGUGGUGCUGGUCACUUUUACUUUUUUGUUGGCCACCUGCAUUCCCAAUCUGGGCUCCAUCAUUUCGUUGGUGGGCGCUGUCAGCAGCUCGGCACUGGCUCUCAUUGCGCCGCCUAUCAUUGAGAUUAUUACGUUCUAUCAUGUGGGCUAUGGCCGCUACAAUUGGAUGCUAUGGAAGGACUUUCUCAUCCUAAUUUUUGGACUGUGUGGCUUUGUCUUUGGCACUUGGGCAAGCUUGGCUCAAAUUUUAAACGACAGAACCCAUUAGAUAUGGCUAACAUGAAAGUGGUGUGCGAAUUUACGAAUGACGAAGGCUUUAUGUAGAGAAUUUCACGCAAGUCUCUACGAUUAGUUAUACAAUUAGGUUGUUUCUCCAUCCCCAACACCACCCCAACCCCCCACCUUUUUUUGUUUUAAACGGGUAUCCGGACCCCGUGGCGGUGCUCAAAUAUGUUUCUAUUUAUUUUGUUUGUCCACGAAUUAUGUGCAAUUCUGUGUUAUCAAUUAGCUACAAUUCUUGUACCAGACAAUAACUAGCAUUUUAAGUAUAGAUUUUUAUAUAUACCUAUACCUACAUAUAUACAUAUGUAGGUUUUCUCUUGCUUGAUUUAGUAUAUUAGUUUGAAUGAGGAUUUGAUUUUAUUCGAGGACCGCAACGCACAAUGCCAAAAGUGAUUUUGUUGUCGUAGUAUUCUUAAAUAAAUUAUUGUUUAGAUUUUACUAACUGCAUCAUCCCCCCCCGACCACCACCACGCCCCAGUAGUCUUAAUACUAGGUUCAGGGCAGAUCAUUCCAAAGCAACGGCUAAGACGGCUAACCAGAAGUAGAAAAAACAGAAAAUGAAUAUUAUUAGCUAUAGCUUUUAACCGCAUAAUUUUAUCGUUAUUAUGCACUCCAUAAAGGGUGCCGUUCCGUUCCCCCAACAAGCUCCUGUAUAUACAUAUACGAGUAUACGUACUCGGUGUAUCCACAAAUAAUGUUCUUUAAUUGUUCAAACACAAGUAACAAAUGACAAUAAUUAAUGUAAUGUUUAUAAAAAUCAAACAAUAUCACGUCUGUUCUUUCACGUCUCUACCACAGCACUGGAACGCGAAGAGGCACUGUUUGUGGGCUAACCAGUCGCAGGGGACGCUCGGCGAGUAAAAUCAAUCGUUGGGGCUGACGUCUGAGCUGCUUGCUGAGCCGCGCUGGCGCCUGAUCGAUGGGCUGCACCUCUUCUGCCUCCGGAUCGGGUGUAAAGUCCUGCGGCUCAUCAGCGCUGGGCAGCUGCUCCACUUGAUCGGUGGGAGGCGGGCCAUAGGUCUGAUCGGGCGGGCCAUACGUCUGAUCGGGCACACCCUCCUCGAAGGGUGUCUCCGGCUUGAGCUCCUCGGCGGUUGGGUAGGGCGCCGCUGCCUGCUGUUUUUCUAGCCGUUUGCCGGUUCUCGCUGGCUGAGCUCCAAUCAAUCCCAGAGCCAGCAUCAGCACCAGCAAGGCACAGACAUUCUUGGCGUAGCUGCACAUGGUAGAAUUCUGUAAUGAUUUCGAUUUGGUAGACAGACAACCAAACUGUUCGAAAACUCUUCGUUGAUUGAUAUUUUGGUGCUGGAAACUUGCCUAUUUAUAUGCCGAACUUGGGGCUACGUGUUUGGGUUGGUUAAUUUUUGGGUGCUAAGACGUGGUCUUAGGCUUAAUGGUUAAUUAUUGAGGGGCCCUUGUAUAUGAGGUAGGUCGGUCGGUCGGUCAUCAUGACACGUUGCAGGUCCCCAAAAUGGGAAGUCAAGCAAAGCAAUUAAUUUCAGUGUCAAAAAUUAUUAUUUAAAUUAUAAUUAAUACAGCAAAACUAUUUUAAAAUAGUUAAAAUAUAAUUAUAGCCCUUUCGAAAAUGCUUCAAAUAAUUCCCAAGCAUUUUUUCUCUAUUCAACGCAUUUAAAUAGCGGCCCUCAGUCAGUCAAACGUUCUGAUCCGAGGAAAUGCAUUGCACAUGCGCUUCUAAUUCCCAAGUCUUUUUUCUCGGCCGCGCGCGUAUAUAAGAGUGCUGCCCGUCCGAACAUUAGCGUGUUGUUUGGAAGGAGAGCCAGUUAGCACUCCCCUAGACAAGGAUGGAACACAUAAACGAGCGGCUGGCACAUAAGAAAGCCGUUCACCAGUUUUU